UGUUUUACAGAUUUCACUUUGUGGGACAGAGAAACGAUUAGAAAAGUAUCCAUAAGAUCGCUCCAGCGCAGCAGCAGUUAUGAAACUUCGGCCUCAGACUCCAUUGAAACCAAGGCGUCUCAGCUGAGCGCCGACGCGUCGCUCAUUCUCAGCGUUCUGAGUGGUCUGGUUGAAGCUGGAGGAUCUGCCAACUAUCUGAACGAUCACAAGGAGUUCAAGAACCAGAGCAGAGUCGUCCUUCAGUACAAAGCAACAACGGCUUACGAACGACUGGAACUGAAUCAUGCAGAAGCCAAAAAACUGCAAGUUAGAGACGUUAUUAAGAACAGCCGAACAACGCAUGUAGUCACAGGCAUCCUUUACGGGGCCAACGCUUUCUUUGUGUUUGACAGUGAGAAGUUAGACAGCAGCAGUCUGCACAGCAUGGAGAAAGAAAUGCACAGCUUAGUCAAGAAGAUCCCAAAACUGGAUCCCAAAGGAAACACAGUCAGAAAUCUGAGAGAAGAAGAAAAAAACAUCAUUGAAAAAUUCGCCUGUAAAUUUUAUGGAGAUUUCAUUCUGGACAGGAACCCUACAACCUUUGAGGAGGCAGCAGAUGCCUGCAGAAAACUCCCAGGGUUUCUGGGAGACGAUGGAGAGAAAUCAGUCCCAGUUAAAGUUUGGCUGACCCCCCUGGAGAACCUGGAUUCAUCUGCAGCUCAGCUGAAGGGAGACCUUUCUGACGGCCUGAUCAGAAAGGCCAAUAAUGUUUUGAAAGGAGUCAGAGAAAUACAGAUGAGAUGCAACGAGACCAUGGAAAAGGAAGUGGUGAAAACCUUCCCACAGAUUCACAAAAAGCUGAAGAGUUUCCAGCAUCUCUGUGAAGAUUUCCUGAAAACAGUCCAGCAGACCCUGCAGGAGAAAAUUCCUCUGAUCCGGGAAGGUGAAGAAGAAGAAUCGUUAGAAAACUUCCUUGAUGAGCAGGAGAAGACUCCGUUCAGCCGGAAAAACUUAGACCUGUGGCUGGAUUAUUUAGACAGAGAAAUCAAUGUCAUCACAUCCUGCUUAGACACCAUGAAGGGAAUCGGGAUCAUCCCAGACGAGUCGGACCUGGACAGACGGGUUCUGGGUGUAGAAGACGCCCUCUGCUUCGUCUUCACCUCCAUUGAAACUUGUGACGCCUACAUGGACCAGAUGGACGGUUACUUUAAUGAAACUCCAGCCAAUGUGGCUCCACCAGCUAAAGACCAGUGGUUCUUCUCAGAUGAGGUCUUAGAAAACAUGAAGCAGAAAGCCAACAUGAUCUCAGAAAUGGCUAAAGGCCUGAAGAGCAGCAGCAGGUUUAGUUUCCUCAUAGCCGCUCUGCCAAACGAGGAGUUCAGAGGAGCAACCGUCCACCAUUACAGGAAAGGUGUCAAGAAAACCGAAGACUUCUCCAAACCUCCCAUUUAUCAAGUGAGAAAUGUAACGGAUAAAGAAAACCUAAUGUGGUAUUCCUGUGAUCUGACUUUGGACCCAGAAACUGUGAAUGGGAACCUCAUUCUUUCUGCAGGAGACAAAAAGGCGACAUAUGGAUCCAGGCAGACGUACCCUGUAGUAGAGAAGCGGUUUGAUUCGUACCCCCAGGUUCUCUGCUGCGAAGGCCUGACAGGCUGUCACUACUUUGAGGUUGUGUGGAGCAGUGAAGUUUCUAAGGAGCUUGGUAUCGGUCUUGCAUAUGAAAGCAUUCCAAGAAAAGGAAGCGGCAGGAACACUGGGUUUGGAUAUAAUGGAGUCUCCUGGUAUUUUGGCGUUAAUGACAGUGAUCUGCGUGCGUGGCACCGUCGCAGUAAGACGUGGUCCUCUGCUCUCCCUGCUGGAUGCAACAGAGUCGGGGUUUAUUUGGACUGGCCCGGCGGGACGCUGUCCUUCUACCAGGUGUCCUCCAACACUCUGACCCAUCUCUACACCUUUGAGAACCGAUUCUCUGCAGCUCUUUACCCGGGUUUCUACAUCUGGAACAAAAACAACGUUGCUGCAUUCAGCCCAGUUUAA